AUUUACUUCACAAACAAUUCGCGCGCAGCACGAUAAAGGUUGUCAAAAACAUAAAAAACUCAAAGGUUUUAUAAAAAAUGAAUGAUUACUCCAUACGUCAAAGUAAUCACAAUUUUACACAAGUCUACGGAAACUAUUUGGAAAAUUCGUGUAAUGCAUAAAUUUUACGUUCAAAAUGAUGAAAUUCGACACUGGCCCUGAUCGCAAGAGUACUAGGGUUGGAUACGGGUCGACUGGCGGUUACCCAAAAUGCCGGUUUUCACUGCCAACAUACCAAGCCUGCUCAAAGUGGGGGAUAGAAUCGAAAUUGGGGGCAAAAUCAAAGAGAGUGCUAGAAAGAUGUCGGUAAACCUGUGCGCUCAGGAGGGCGAGGAGCCCAAGGAUGUGGUGCUACACUUCGAUGUGCGCUUCCACCGGGACAACAUUAUCUCGCUCUCCAGGAAGAACGGCAUCUGGAUCGGCAGCGGCAACUACGAUACUAACUACAACAUGUUUGUCCCUGGCACAAUCUUCCGCAUAAUCUUCGAAGUGAAAGACACUGACGUGAUCACGAUCUACUGCCAGGGCAAGUUCCACUCGAACUUCUUGCCGAAGAUCCCAUUGUCGAUGGCAAGGUACAUCGUAGCGUGGGCUGACGUCGAGAGGAUCACGCAUUGCUACUUCCAUCUGGGCAAUAAGGUCGUGAAUGGUGAUGAAGCGGGAUCUCCAGGAGGGUUCGUUCCCAAGUCCCCAUGUCCUACCAUGGUCGCCGGCGAUACCAAGCGAUGUCCAAGAAUGCACAAGAAACCUUCUCCCGGCUCACCCACCAUACACUCCUCAAACGAAAGCUCCGAUGAUGACCAGAAAUCUAGGCAAAAGGCAGACGUCAGGACAGACAGAUUUUUCUACGACACCCUCAUGUGUCAACCAACGGAGCAUCAGAAAUUCGGCUCGCCAAACUUCAAGAGGCGCGAGGCAAGUCUCGCCAGAAGCAAAGAAUAUUCUAGAAAGUACAGGGAGCUGUCCGAUACAGAGAAGAAUGACAGUGAAGAUUAUUCCGAAGACGUUUCGAAGGUAGAUUCUUCUAUGGCGGAGUCACAGGAUGUCCUCCAGGAGCUCGGGCUGAAAAAGAGGAGCAGAAGAGGGAAGUUUGCCCCUUUCGCACAAGUGGUCAAUUUCAUGGGCAAGACUGCAAAGAGGAAUUAGCAUGAUUUUUUUUUUAUUGUAAUGUUUUAUGAAGUUUAUGAAAGUUGUGUAAAAUAUUUUGCAUUGGAACUGGUA